ACCCGAUUAAUCCGCCCGUUCUUGCAUAUGAGCAUAUCAUGUUGCGAAAUCGUGCGAAAUCCGAGACAGUGGAAUAUUCAUGUGCGACGAGGGCCUAGGUGUUUACAGUGCGCCCUAAGAAGAUAUGCAUUUACCACAAAGCCCUUGUCAUUCUAUGUAGUCGUUCGACAUCUUCGACUCUUUCGAUUCCCCAAGCUCCUCUGUUUCAGAAAAUUAAUUGUCGCGAUUUUCUCUGCGUAUAUUCAGGAUAUGGCUGAUCAGAAGAGCCAAUUCACCAAGGUCAACCAGCUGCGCCCUUCAGAUACUGGAUUUAAUUUAAGUGUUAAGGUUAUCGAUGCAAAGACGGUAGUGCAGAGAGGUCGAAGUCAGGGGCGGUUUGCUGAAUGCUUAGUUGGGGAUGAGACGGGAAUGAUCAUUUUUACAGCAAGAAAUGAUCAAGUGGAGUUGGCAAAGAAGGGCAACACUCUGAUACUUGGAAAUGCAAAAAUCGACAUGUUCAAAGGAUCGAUGAGGGUGGCGGUGGACAGAUCUGGACGAGUUGAAGUUGGGAGUGGUAGCUUCUCUGUCGACGAAAGUAACAACUUGUCCUUAAUAGAGUUUGAACGUAUUGUCUGUGUUGUUUGAGCACUCUUCUGGGCACCCUUACCCUUUCAUCUUUCAUAUUUCAAUCACUACCCUCUUGCUUCUGUUACAUUUUUGUAGGACAAUUGUUUUCCAUGUGUUAAAAUGGUUUCUUGUCUGAACUA